UGCAACAAUAGAUAUGCUUAUUAUGACGCAGCUCGGCGGUCUCGGUAGUCACUCAGAGUUCAAUGCCGAUGGAACCCCUCAGAAUCCUAAGGCUGCUAUUGACCUCGCUAAGACAAUAUACGCGCUUGAGCUACUUACAUGGCCGGCGGUGGAUUGACUAAAAUCAGCGUUCUUCUGACGUACAAACGUAUUUUUAGCACUCCAAGAUUCCAGAUAGUGACCUGGAUUAUGAUCGGAGUCAACGUCGCCUGGAUCUUAACAUUUACGUUUGCGCUCAUGUCCUCGUGCUUGCCAAUUGCGGGGCCAUGGACGGGGACAGAUUAUAAAUGUGUCAAUCAAGAGGUCCUCUUCACCGUCGCUUUGACGACAGAUGUUGCCACAGACUUUCUGGUACUAUUCUUACCGGCAUAUGAAGUUAAGAAGUUACAAAUUGCCUCUUUCACGAAAGAUCCUAAUCAUAAGCAUCUUUUGUCUGGGUGGAUUGGUUAGCAUCGUCGGCGUUGUUCGAAUUUAUUUUUUGACCACAAUCUAUGCCUUCCUAUAUUCCAGUCAUACCCAGCCGGACGUCACAUAUAUGUUGUUUCGUAAAAUGAAGCCAAAUCGAGGCCAGAUUACAGAAAGUUAACAUGUUAAUUGGGGCUCUAUGGGCCAACCUACUACUAGACCAUCAUUGAAA